UGACGAUACGUCGACAUGUUUUACUUUCGGUUUUUUAGAUUAAGGUAGAUUUAGUUGUGGUGGCGUUGGAACAAAACCUUUUCGGAAAAAAAAGCUUUUCGUUCCAUUGAAUUAAUUAGCAUUUUUUCGGUGAAAAUGAAUUCUGUCGUUUUGGGGACGUGUGUUUUGGUCGUGCUUGGUGCUCUUUGUGUUGGUGCAGAUGAAGUGCCAGUGUCAGUGACGGAGGGAGAUCCAGUCACUCUACACACUGAUGUUAAAGUAGACCAACACGAAAAGAUUAAAUGGUAUUUUAAUGACACACGUAUCGCUCAAAUCACUGGAGAUCUCAGUAAGAUCUGUACAGGUGUUCAGUGUAAUGAUGGCACUGAAAGAUUCACAGACAGACUGAAGCUGGAUCAUCAGACUGGAUCUCUGACCAUCAUGAACACCAGAACCACAGACUCUGGACGCUAUACACUAGAGAUCUACAGGGACAGUGACAACGACAGUGAAAAGAUCUUCAAAGUUGCUGUCUACAGUGUUACUGCCUCUAAACGAGAUGAAUUGAAAGAAACGCCAGUGGAGGGAAAAUCUGAUUCAGGUCUGUCUUCAGGUGCUGUAGCAGGAAUAUGUGUUUGUGUUCUGCUGAUAGUGGCUGCAGCUGUUGCUGGUGUGAUUUACUAUCGCAGGCGUCAAGCAGGACAAAAUGGAACAGGAACCAGGACACAGCACUGUAAUCAGGUGAAUGAUGCUGCAUACUCAUCUGUUAAUGGUGCUGACAAUGAACUGGAACCUGCUGCUAAUGAGCCGUGCCAUAAUGGAAAUGCAAAUGCCAGUGAGACAUCAGUUUGAUAAUGAGUCAAGAUGGAAAAUUCAAGUUUGUAGAAGUUUAUUUAAGGAACUACAGUGAUCGGGAAAGAAACACUGACUUCUUGUCUAAACAGUUAUGCACUGAUGUUUUGACCUAUCUUUUUACAUCCUCUCAUAACUGUGUUUACACAAAUGAGCUGCCAAGAUGAGCACAGCUGGGAUAUGCAAACGUUUUUUAAGGAGGAUGUGCCCAUAAAAAACAAAGUUUUUGAAGGCAGCUGUCAAUCAAACAACAUUCAGGUACAUAAUUGAGUUUGCACAGCUUAUAAUGUAGGUGUCGUUACUCGAAUUGUUGCAUUUACUGAAACUAUUGAUAUCCUUAUGUUGUUUAUGUAUAUGCCUUUUUUGACAUAACUUAACUACCGUCAUCAAGAAAGACUGUUGAAUAUGAACAGCAUAGCUUUUUAUAGGCCCAUCAGCCAGUGACCAAAUGUUGUGAAGUUGUAGUAUUCAAAACACUACACUACACUACACUACUAUAUUCACUACUAAAGAUUUUUCUGAUUAGCUAGUUGUUGUGUACAUUGUUGUGUAUAAAGUUGUUAUAAGUCGCGCUCACUUUUUUUGUAAAGUAAAGAAAGUUUAUAUUUUCAUAUUUUCAAGGGUUCUCAAAAAAAAAAAAAAAAAAACUGGAAUCUGUGAGUUUUGUAAAUCGUUAGCAUAUUACUUAAUCAUUUGUGAACGUAUAGUGAUGUUUUGUAAAUUAUUAGUUCAUCAUUAUCUAGUUACUUGUAAAUGAUUUACAUGAAAUCUAUAAUUUAAUAAUCUGCAAAGCAUAGAUAAAAAUACUAACAUAUCACUUAUUAAUUGUUUAUGAAUGCAGUCAUGUUUUGUAAAUGAUUAGUUAAUUAUUAACCAAUUACUCGUAAAUUACUUGCAAAUGAAUUAACAAAACAUACACAAAUUGUUAACAUCACUUAGUAAUCUUUUAUAACUGUUUUGUAAGUGAUUAUUUCAUCAUUAACUAAUUGCUUAUAAAUGACUUACAACUGAAUGUUAUUAUGAAGUGUUACCUAAUGAUCUCAUAUUUUUGUUUUAUUAUUUCAGAGUUGUAAAUGUAGUUAGCAAACGUAUUUGUCCUGUAAAUUGC